UCUUCCCACCGUCCCACGUGUAGCAGGAAGAGGUAGUUGUAAACACUGCUCUGUAAUGUGGCUACAUUUAGAAGUAAAGUGACAUUUCCUUUCACAGUCACACAUUCUGCUGCUCUUCUUCGAAAGUAUUCAGCUAGAAGUUUUGGUUAGACCAACAGGAUACAGAAAGGCAGAAGUGCCUUCAGAUCAGAUGUCUUCCUCCUCUUCACAUUCUGUCCUCCUAAACACGGGGGUUCAGAUGCCCCUCCUCGGUUUUGGGACCUACAAGUUGGUGUCUCCUGAAGAUGUCUCCCGGGCGGUGGAUGCAGCGCUGCUUGCUGGUUAUCGUGCCUUUGACAGCGCAGCCGUCUACCUGAAUGAAGCUGAACUGGGCCGAGCGCUUAAGCAGCUUCUGCCCAAACAUGGCUUAACCAGAGAGGAUGUGUUCAUAACCAGUAAGCUGGGCUCCAAGGAUCAUGGUGAGCGAGCCAUGGAAGGAGCCCUCUGCAGCCUGUCUGAUCUAGACAUGGGUUACAUUGAUCUCUACCUGAUCCACUGGCCGGGAACACUGGAUCUAGAGAUAUCUGACCCACGCAACUCUGGUAACAGAGCUCAGAGUUGGGCUGCUCUGGAGGAGCUGCAUGCCCAGGGGAAGCUGAAGGCCAUCGGAGUGUCCAACUACACACCAGCACACAUGAGGGAACUGAUGCAGAGCUGCAAAAUCCCUCCUGCUUUGCUGCAGGUAGAGUUCCACCCAAAGUUCUGCCAGGCAGAGCUGAGGGAAGUGUGUGAGGAGUUUGGAGUGUGUUUCCAAGCAUACUCCUCCUUAGGGAAAGGGGAUCUGGUCACUGACCCUGUGGUUCUGGAGGUGGCAAAGAACUGUGAACGCACUCCUGCACAGGUCCUGUUGCGCUGGGCUGUGCAGCAGGGUGUCCCCGUGCUGCCGAAAUCCUCAAAUCCAGACAGAAUAAAGGACAAUGCAAGGCUUUUUGACUUCACACUGAGUGACACAGACAUGGACAGACUGUCAGCUUUGGACUGUGGGCACAAGUACUGCCGGGACGCAUCACAGGUGGUUUGAUAGACCACACAUGGGCUCAUAUUAAGCAUCUUAUCAAAUGCAUUAUGCUGAUGUAUUAAGGAUUAAGUAGAUAUGCAUAAUGACAUCUUACAUUUUUGACAGAUUCUGCCAAUAACCUGAGUUAAAAUAUCAUCGCUGUUAACAAAUAUGUCAACAUGCCCCCAUGUUAAGACAAGUUGAGAUUCAAAGUAUUACUCCGGCUUGUGUUCUAGUUGUCCUAUGAAUUGUUAAUGAACAUAUUUGCAUUGAAA